CCCGCUAUAAACCCGGCUCGCUGAUCCUUCCUUCUUCAAUUCAGCCCUCAAGAGCUGCUUCUGGUUCGGUGGUGAAAGAGCCAGGAGAGUGAGAAAGAUAUCGGAAGAUAGAAAAAGGAAAUCGGCCUAAGAUAUUGCUGAUGGCGGUGGCCGCGAUGGCUGCGAAGACUCCGGCGGCAAGCCCUGCCGCGCUGCCACUGUCGGACUUGGUGGCGAGAGACACGAUCAUUGCCUGGUACAGAGGCGAGUUUGCAGCUGCGAACGCAAUCAUUGAUGCGCUCUGCACUCACAUCGUCCAGAUAACCGGCGUUCCUUCCGAGUAUGAGGCCGUAUUCGCUGCGAUCCACCGCCGGCGCUUGAACUGGAUCCCCGUCCUUCAUAUGCAGCGUUAUUUCUCCAUUGCAGACGUAUCAAACGAACUCCGCCGCGUCGCCGGCAAUCGCAAGCCCCUGAAUUCCACCGCUGUCAGCGAAGCUCAGAGUGAUGCCGCUGUAACGCCGAUUAAUAGGGAUGUGCCAGGCACUGGAUCAGAUGUCACCGCUGUUGAAGAGAUCAGAAGGUCCCUCGACGAGGAGCGGUCUUCAGGGAGAAUAUCGGAGGGCGCCCGAGAGGAACAUUCCACUGCUUAUUCAUCAGAUUGUAAUAUUGCAACGGAAGGCAAAUCUGUUGAUGCCGAGUUUGCCGAUGACGGAGGAUCUCAUCAAGCGUUGACAGAAAAUGAUCAAAUAUGCACGCAUCAUGAGGAAUGUGUGACGCGUCCUGAGAAGAUCAAGUUUUUUAAGGGUUUUGUUGCAAAGGAGCCUGUGAAAGGGCAUAUGGUCAAUGUGGUGAAAGGGCUGAAGCUUUAUGAAGACGUGUUCACAAACUUUGAACUACACAAGCUUACUGAAUAUAUAAAUGAACUCCGUCUUGCGGGCCGAAGGGGAGAACUAUCAGGCGAAACAUUUAUUUUCUUCAAUAAGCAGAUGAAAGGCAACAAGAGAGAGAUUAUUCAACUUGGCGUUCCAUUAUUUCAACCAACAAAUGAAGAGACAGCAAGUAGCAUUGAACCUAUUCCUCAAAUUCUGCUAUCAGUCAUAGAUCAUCUGACGCAGUGGCACUUAAUACCAGAAAUUAAAAGGCCUAAUAGUUGUCUUAUACAUUUCUUCGAUGAGGAUGAGCACUCGCAACCGUACUUCAAACCUCCGCAUUUAGAAAAUCCCAUCUCUACACUUUUUCUUUCUGAGACAACCAUAGCUUUUGGCCGGGUGCUCUCCAGUGAUCAAAAUGGAGAUUAUAAAGGCUCCCUUACACUCGCACUCUCCGAAGGGUCACUCCUGGUGAUGCGUGGUAACAGUGCAGACAUGGCAAGGCAUGUCAUAUGUCCGUCUCCUAACAAAAGGGUAAGCGUUACCUUCCUGAAAGUCCGAUCUGCUACAAACCAAAUCGAACUACCAUCUCCCGCCUCCCAGCAAUCUAAAGCCAUUACUCUAUGGCAACCCCCACAACCAGUCGAAGUGCCUGAAACAGGGCCUAUUGCUUAUGGACCACAAGCCAUGGUGCCACCAUGGGGGCUUUCUCUUCGAGCUCCUGUGUUCAUGUUAGCGCCGACGGCGACGAGGCCAAUGGUCAUGAACCAAGGGAGGAGAGGUGGACGCGGCGGCACCGGAGUGUUCUUGCCGUGGAAUGUGGGUCCAAAGAGGUACACCAGGCAUCUUCCUCCUCGGUUUCAAAGAAGGAGACCACUAGAAGCACAAGUGGAGAAACAAAAGUAAGCCUCUUCUUUGCUGUUUUCUCAGUUUGCUAAAAAGAAAUACUGUAGAGAUUAAUAUUCAGGAGGAAAAGGCUUGUUUUAGUAGUCUUUCUUGUUUCGACUGGUUACUGCAUCGAUUUUUGCUUAGUUUGGGUGAUUUUUUUUUUUUUGGUUGUGUUGCAUGUUUAUUUAAGAAGAAUAGUUUGUGGGAGUUCAGUGUUUAAUAGGGCUGGGAUUGGAAUUGGGUUUCUUCAUGUUUUGUAGGACCACCACCAAGUGGAAGGACCCAAUUUUUUAAUUAAUGGAAUUUUAUGUUUAAAAAAGUUGUUAGUAAGCAUACUUCUUUA